AUGGUCAGCACUGAAGAUGUCUUUCUCAUCAUGAUAACUGGAGAGCUCAUAGUAGGCAUACUGGGGAAUGGAUACAUUGGCCUGGUCAACUUCAUUGACUGGAUGAAGAAGAGAAGGAUCUCCUCACUUGAUUACAUUCUCACCACGUUAGCUAUUUCCAGAAUAUUUUUAAUUGGUUCAACGGCACUAAAUGGCAUUCUACUGGUUCUGAACCCAGAUAUUUAUGCAAAUCUCAAAGUCCAGAUAGUUCUUUUUAGCUCCUGGACGCUCUUCAAUUACUUCAGCAUGUGUUUGGCUAUGUGCCUCAAUGUCUUCUACUUCCUCAAGGUGGCCAGUUUCUCCUAUCCCCUUUUCCUCUGGCUGAAGUGGAGAAUUGACAGAAUGAUUCACCGGAUUGUCUUGGGGUGCUUUGCCAUUAGUUUGCUGGUUGGCUUUACAGUGGUGAUAGUCCUGAGUUACAAUGAUAGGACUUAUGAUGUGCCAAGUCAGAAACUGAGCAACCCUGAAAUGUUCAAUGUAAGUAAAAGUCAAGGCUUUGAGCCAAUAACUUUAUUUAACCUGCUUGCAAUGAUUCCAUUUACUGUGUCAUUAAUCUCAUUUUUCUGUUUUAUAAUAUCCCUGUGGAGACAUAUUAAGCAAAUGAAAUGCAAUGCUACAGGUUAUAGAGAUCCAAGCACAGGGGCUCAUGUCAGAGCUAUGAAAAUGCUGACUUUAUUUCUCUUUUUCUUUUUUAUCUACUGCGUGUUUUCUCUUUUCAUUACUUUCAGCUACCUUAUACAAGAACAAAAGUUAGCUAUGUUGUUUGGUGAAAUUAUAACAAUUCUGUAUCCUAUGGGACACUCCCUGAUGUUAAUUGUUGGAAAUAAUAACCUGAGACAGGCUCUUAUCAGGAUGCUGAUGUGUAGGAAAAUAGUGCGUGUGAUGUAA